CUUGUCCUCUACUUAUACCACCACUAAGCUUCUUACAUCCUCGGUCUCGCCGUCUGCUGCCUUAUCCGCGGAUACCUGGUCCCAAUGCCUGCGCCGCCGCCUUCAUUGUUCUCGUCGAGUACUACUCGUCCUUAUCCUCUACCCAGUCAUCAUGAUCAUCUCGAGCAAUCCAUUCCUCGUGCUCUCUACGACCAUUCUCAUAUGUUAGCCCAGCAGGUAUGGCAGAACCAACAGCUUCACAUAUUUCCUUCAAAUCCGUACCCUUCCGUGCUGCCUCCUGCUCCUAUGGCCCAUAAAGUCUGGAUCUUGGACUGCAAGUCAUGCGGUACUUUCCUGACAAACCGGGGCAUGAAGGCGGUGCUGCUACUUCGUCCGAAUGUCGCCCUAUACUCUUCUGAUGCCCUACCGGUCAACUGUUCUGCAUACACGUCAAGCCCUGAGGCACUUCGACCGCCUUCGUGCCGUCUGUCAUCUUCAAACUCGUCUCAGCGUACAUGCGAAUGUCUUACCCAGACUUUAUGCUGCCAUGGCUGUGGUGCGAUUGUCGGUUAUAUGAUUGUCAUCCCCUGUAAUCGAUGCACUUCUUCCAUCACUUCUUCCAAUCGCGCAACGAAUGGUCACCGUUUCGUAUUUCAUUCUAGCGAGAUCAUUGGCACAGAACGCCAUUACAUUCUGGACGAGCCCGGUGUUGUGCCCUAUGAGCACUCAUAUCCUCCUGUCCCACCCAUUACUUCGCUUGUAUACCCUCCUCACCAUCCCCAAACUAUGCAUUCUCGUUUGUUCAAUCCUCAUUAUCAGUCUUCUCCUGCACAUAGGUCAGAAUAUCUUCCGACACCACCGCCUGCAGAUCCUUCUCCUGUAUCCUCCACGACUACCUCCCCUAUCCAUGGAACAUUCCCUUUCGCAGAGCAACAUAGUCAUUCCGCCGAUCAUAGCCAUGAAUUUUCACCGCAUGCUCCCCGUCCACUUCCUCAUUCCGAACGUCCAUACCCCUUUGGACCUGUCCCUUCUCAAUCUCCUUCGAUUUUACGUCCUGCUUCUGCUGAAUCGGAUAGCUCCGAUGAUUCUAUCCCACCCCCACUCGUAUCACCUUCUUUCCCGUACGGACUACCGUCAGAGCAAACGGAGACAUCUUUGCCUUGUAUGCUCAAGCCUGGGGACGUGCUUUAUUGGCACCAUCUCACGAGACAAGGAGAGAUCCCUGGUGUGAAAGAAGAUGUUCGUGCUCGCUACCAAGGUAUCCCUGCGGUGAAGCGGCUCCCACUUGAUCGAAUGCAAAUCUUUGUGAAGACUCUCACCGGAAAGACCAUCACCCUUGAGGUUGAAUCUUCCGACACCAUCGACAACGUCAAAGCCAAGAUUCAAGACAAGGAAGGCAUCCCUCCUGACCAACAGCGUUUGAUCUUUGCUGGAAAGCAAUUGGAGGACGGCAGAACCCUUUCUGAUUACAAUAUCCAGAAGGAGUCGACCCUGCACCUCGUCUUGCGUCUGCGCGGUGGUAUGCAGAUCUUCGUCAAGACCUUGACUGGCAAGACCAUCACUCUUGAGGUUGAGUCAUCCGAUACCAUCGACAAUGUCAAGGCCAAGAUCCAAGACAAGGAGGGUAUUCCUCCUGAUCAACAGCGCUUGAUCUUUGCCGGCAAGCAGUUGGAAGAUGGUCGUACCUUGUCCGACUACAACAUCCAGAAAGAGUCUACCCUUCAUCUCGUCCUGCGUCUGCGUGGUGGUAUGCAAAUAUUUGUCAAGACCUUGACCGGCAAGACCAUCACUCUGGAGGUCGAAUCGUCUGACACCAUUGACAACGUCAAGGCUAAGAUCCAAGACAAGGAGGGCAUUCCUCCGGACCAACAGCGUCUGAUCUUCGCUGGCAAGCAGCUUGAGGAUGGUAGGACUUUGUCCGACUACAACAUUCAGAAAGAGUCGACUCUUCACCUGGUCUUGCGUCUACGUGGUGGUAUGCAGAUUUUUGUCAAGACGUUGACUGGGAAGACUAUUACGUUAGAAGUUGAAUCUUCCGACACCAUCGAUAACGUGAAGGCGAAGAUCCAGGACAAGGAAGGGAUCCCGCCUGAUCAGCAACGUCUUAUCUUCGCUGGCAAGCAGCUCGAAGAUGGUCGCACACUCUCCGACUAUAACAUUCAGAAGGAGUCGACACUCCAUUUAGUGCUCCGUCUUCGCGGUGGUAUGCAGAUCUUCGUGAAGACGCUAACCGGAAAGACUAUUACGUUGGAGGUUGAGUCGUCUGACACGAUUGACAACGUCAAGGCGAAGAUCCAGGACAAGGAGGGUAUCCCGCCUGACCAGCAACGUCUGAUCUUUGCCGGGAAACAGUUGGAGGACGGUCGUACUCUUUCGGACUAUAACAUCCAGAAGGAGUCUACUCUUCAUCUCGUUCUCCGUCUUCGUGGUGGCCUCUGAAUGUAUGCAUGUGAUGGUCGGGUUCUGUAGUAAUUAUAUGAUGUAGAAACAAGAAUGCAAUGUCGGUUUACAAGCUACGUGUCAUGAAACAGCCAC